AAUUUCGAACAGAAAUUGGGAGCGGCGCAGUGACAUUACCGGCGGUAUGGCAACCAAUGGCAACAAACGGCAUGCGUGCCGUCUUUGCGUUGUCCGUUGGUGAAGCGUGUGCCGCGCGGGUGUUCCCGUAAUCCAAUAUAUGUUGUAUAAUUUACCAUAAGUACCAAGCAUCAGCUACGUGAGAUUGGAACGGAGACAUUCCACUUCGAUAUUUCGCCCACCAGCAACCCCUAGUCGUGUAGUUAGGUCAUUAUUGUGUUUUAGGCUUAUAUUAAUAUUGAAAAGAUGAUAUCCGAAUCAGCUGGACAGCUUAUUCAAAUCCUAGAGAAGACAGUUUCGCCUGAUAAGGCAGAACUGGAACAAGCUCAGCAGUUCUUGGAGCAAGCAGCAUCACAAAACUUUCCCGAGUACGUGAAGGCGCUCUCGGACAUCCUGUACCAUGGCGCCAACAGCCCGGUGGCUCGGAUGGCGGCCGGCCUGCAGCUCAAGAACACGCUCACCUCCAAGGACACCACCGUGCGCGCCAUGCACCAGCAGCGCUGGCUCGACUUCCCGCCUGACGUCAAGGAGCACGUCAAGCGAAACAUUCUGGCGGCGCUGGGCACGGAGAACAACCGUCCGAGCUCAGCGGCACAGUGCGUGGCCUACAUCGCCAUCGUGGAGCUGCCGCAGAACCAGUGGACCGACCUGGUGUCGGUGCUGGUCAACAACGUCAUUGGGCCCGGCUCCACCGAGAUCAUCAAGGAGGCGUCGCUGGAGGCCAUCGGAUACAUCUGCCAGGAUAUCGACGCCGAGGUGCUGGCCUCUCGCAGUAACGAGAUCCUGACGGCCAUCAUCCACGGCAUGAAGCGCGACGAGCCCAGCAGCCACGUCCGACUGGCGGCCACCAACGCGCUGCUCAACUCACUCGAGUUCACAAAGUCCAACUUCGAGAAAGAUGCGGAGCGUCACUACAUUAUGGAGGUGACGUGCGAAGCCACUCAGUCUUCCGAUACGCAGAUUCGAGUGGCCGCGCUCCAGUGCCUAGUCAAAAUCAUGACCAACUACUAUCAGUACAUGGAGACCUACAUGGGCCCGGCGCUGUUUGCGAUCACCCUGGAGGCGAUGAAGUCGGACGUGGACGAGGUAGCGCUGCAAGGUAUCGAGUUCUGGUCAUCCGUCUGUGACGAGGAGGUCGACCUGGAGAUCGAGGCACAGGAGGCCGCCGACCUGGGACGGCCGCCCGAACAGACGAGCCGCUUCUACGCCAAGGGCGCGCUCCAGUACCUGACCCCGGUGCUGAUGGAGCGGCUCACCAAACAGGAGGACGGCGAUGACGAGGAGGACUGGAACCCGUCCAAGGCGGCCGGCGUGUCGCUCAUGCUGCUGGCCUCCUGUGUCGAGGACGACAUCGUGCCGCACGUCCUUCCGUUUGUGACGCAGCACAUCAAAUCGGCCGACUGGAAAUUCCGCGACGCAGCGCUCAUGGCCUUUGGCUCGAUACUGGAGGGUCCGGACAGCACCAAGCUGAAGCCGCUGGUGGAACAGGUGCUGCCCAUCCUGAUGCAGCUCAUGAAGGACCCUGUCGUGGCCGUCAAGGACACGGCGGCGUGGACGAUCGGCCGCGUCUGUGAGCUGAUACCGGACGCCACUCUGAACGAGGCGCACCUGCCGCCGCUGCUGGAGACCCUGGUGGCCGGCCUGCAGGCCGAGCCGCGAGUGGCCACCAACGUGUGCUGGGCCAUCUCGGCACUCUCGGAGCGGGCCUACGAGUCGGCGCAGAGCCAGGGAGAAGACGAGUCCACCGACCCGGAGACCUACUUGCUCUCCAAGUACUUCGAGGCGCUGGUGGAACGUCUGCUCGAGACGACCGGCCGCGCCGACGGUAACCAGAGCAACCUGCGCAGCUCGGCGUACGAGGCCCUGAUGGAGAUGAUGAAGAACUCGCCCAAGGAUUGCUACGCCACGGUGCAGAAGACGGUGGUGGUGAUCCUGGAGCGGCUUCAGCACGUCCUCCAGAUGGAAAACCACAUCCAGAACAACAGUGACCGGGCCCAGUACAACGACCUCCAGUCGCUGCUGUGCGCCACCCUGAGCAGUGUGCUGAGAAAGGUGACAGCCGAGGACGCGCCGCGCAUCUCGGACCAGAUCAUGACGGCGCUGCUACAGAUGUUCGCCAACCCGCGCGUGGGCAGUGUCCAGGAGGACGCACUGAACGCCGUCUCGGUGCUGGCCGAGGUACUCGGUGAGCAGUUCAUCAAGUACCUGGACGCAUUUAAGCCGUACCUGCUGAUCGGACUCCGUAACCACACCGAGUACCAGGUGUGCUCAGUGGCUGUGGGCCUGGUGGGCGACAUCUGCCGAGCGGUGGGCGCGCGAGUGCUGCCACACUGCGACGACAUCAUGAACAUCCUGCUAGAGAACUUAGGGAACCAGUCGGUUCACCGGUCGGUGAAGCCGCACAUUCUGACCGUGUUCGGUGACAUUGCGCUGGCCAUCGGCGGCGAGUUCAAAAAGUACCUGGACGUGUCACUGCAGACGCUGAUGCAGGCCUCGCAGGCUCAGGUGGACCGGUCGGACUACGAGAUGGUCGACUACCUGAACGAGCUGCGGGAGACGUGUCUGGACGCCUACUCAGGCAUCAUCCAGGGCCUCAAGGGCGACGGUCAGGUGGCCAGUCCGGACGUGCUUCUGCUCCAGCCGCACGUGGCCUAUAUCAUCCAGUUCAUCUGCGUGGUGGCCAGCGACCAGGAGCGAUCAGAGAGCAGCCUGGGAGCCGCCGCCGGCCUGCUCGGUGACCUAUUGUCGGCGUUCGGGAGCGCCAUCCUGCCACUGGUUGAUAACGAGGCCAUCAACGAGCUGCUGACGCUCGGCCGGCGCUCCAAGACGGCACGCACCAAAACGCUGGCCACCUGGGCCACCAAGGAGCUGCGCAAGAUGAAGAGCGCCGCCAGUAGCUGAUGGCCGCGACUCAACCCCCAUCGGACCCUCGGGUGGCGCGUCGGUGGGCGCGCGUGAGAGCGAGAGAGCGAGCGAGCGAGAGAGAGGUAUGCGGCGUGCGUGUAGCGGACGAGACGCCUGGACGCGACGACGAUCAACGCUACGACGACGCGCGCGCGCUCGGCCGACCGCCCUGUGAUAGGCCGGCGAGGCCGGCCCGGCGGGAGGAGGGACUCUGAGCGUGUCAGAUGCGGGCGGACGGCCAGCGCGGCGGCCCGCGGCGCGGCCGCCCCCCACCCCCUAGACACGCUGUUGUUGUUUUUGUACUGCGCGUCGCGCUGCCGCCGAGACGGGGCGGAGGAAAUUGUUACUGCCUGGUGCCAUGUGCGGCGCCCGGCCGGCCCCCACCGGGGCGUCGCCGCGCCGCCGGCGCCUGACCACCGACCUCGACAAACGGACUCUGAGGUAGAGAGCGUGCCUGAGCGCCAGAGAGCGAGCGACUGACUGUGUGACUGAGCUGUGCGAGUGGUGAGCUGCGUGGCGGGCGCGCUGUGUGCAGGGACGGGCGGCCAGUGGGGCGCGGCAGAGCGAGCCGGUCUGGUGCACGGCGCCGCACCCCGCCGCGCGCGCCCUCUCAGUACCUUGCUGUGCUGUCUCCGGGGUUCUGUAUCUGCUAUUUCCCUCUGUCUCUGUCUCUGUCUCCCCCGAGGCGCGGUCGGACGGUCUCCGGUACGCCCGACCGCGCCGGCUUCUGCAUCUCUCGACCCCGUGUCCUUUCGUACAGAACGUCGGAGAUCUGAGCGACCCAAAAAGCGGGCGAAAUUUCUCGUUUGGACUGUACGGAGGACAACUAAUAAAGAUUCAUUUCAUUUGAA